AUGGCAUUGCUUGCUGAUGCGUCCGGCUUGCCAAACCCUCGCAUCGAGUUGGGCCAGAGGCGCUGGUGGGGAACCGAGAUAUCUGAUAUCAUCGUUAAUGUUGAGCACCUGGAGGAUUCGGAGUGCCAGCGUCUGGGGAUCUUGGGUUGUUGCAGCCGGGCAACGGGCGUGCUGCGUGCUUGUUGUGUCUGUUGCACCUUCGCAGUCCUGCUACCGGCGAUUUGCUUGGUUUGGGGCAGUGAGCUGGACACGUCGACGUACAAGGAGCCAGUGAUGGCAGUUGGAUUGGUGCUAUUGGCGAUUUCUUGCUGCCUCUGCUGCUGCUCUUUGCGUCACACUUGUUGCGAGGGGAUCUUCAAUCUGCCUGAGCCAGCCCCCCUGGUACCCCCACUGUGCAAGACACCUGGUCCCACGCUUGAAAUCAAGAAACUGCUGCUUGUGUACAAUCCCAACGCCGGGAAGCGACAGGCACAGAGCAUUCUGGAGGAUAAGGUGCUGCCAGGAUUGCGAAGGCGUGGAAUUGAGUGCACAGCAAUCGCCACUGAGAGCGUGGGACACGCUCGUCACCUGGGAAUGACGCUUCCACUGGUGGAUUUUCAGGCUGCUGUGACACUUGGGGGUGAUGGAACUUUCCACGAGCUUGUGAACGGAAUCUUUUCACGAGAAGACGGCCAGCAAAUCCCAGUGAGCAUCAUCCCACUAGGGACGGGGAAUGGCUUGUCGGCGACCUUGCGCCAGAAUCUACGGCGACAGGGUGAGGAGGUGUCGGUCUGGGCAGAGAUGGAUGCGAUUCUGGAUUGGUCUCUCGAUAGGAUAUCUGGUGGCCGCGUCGCUAGUGUCGACCUUCUAGAGGUGGAAGUCAUGAACCGUCGGAUUUUGGCCGUGAUGAUGGUCUUCUUCGGGUUCUUCGCUGAGGUGGAUGUCGUGGCUGAGCCGUUGCGAUGGCUCGGGCCAGCCCGCUUUGACAUCGCGUCUGUUCUCAUGAUUCUGAAGCAGCAGGCACAGAACCUCAGGUGCAAAGUUACCUUGGCGGACGGAACAGUGCACGAGGACAGCUUGUCCACGAUGGGAGCUAGCGUGGGCUUGACCCAGCACUUCUCAGACAAGCUGCGGUCUGUUCCACAGGCACAACUUGACGACGGCCUGGCGGAAUUUUCUGUGCUCUCAUCGGGGGCCACAGUGGACCAGACUGUUGCAGGAUUCCUGCAGCUGCCGAACGGUGCGCACACCGGAGACAAGGAUGUCUGGGACUCCAAGCAGGUCACCGGUGUGGAAAUCACAUUUGACGGGCCUGGCAUUUUCAAUGUGGACGGCGAGGUUCUGGAACAUGACGGCUUUCUUCGCAUCCGCGUGUUGCCUGCAGCUCUUGAACUGCUCGUUGGAGAGGACGAGGCCGUUUCUGCCGGCCCUGCAGAGGAGGCUGUGUUGCCAGCAUGGAGAGCUGAUCCGGCACGCUGGCGGAUGCUGCUGCUCUACAUGUUCGGGUGUAUGUCCAACCAGGCCAUUUGGAUUGGCUUUGCUCCAAUUGAGUCCGAUGUCAUGACUGAGUAUGGAGUAUCUGCAACGUUUGUGAACUUCCUGUCCUUGAUCUUCAUGAUUGUGUACUUGCCGGCCAACUUCCCAGCCUCCUAUGCCAUGGAUGUUUGGGGUUGCCGAUGGGCCCUGCUGGUGGGUGGCUGCCUUCAGACUUUCGGAGCUAUCCUGAGGUGCCUGCCAGCAGACCCUGUCACUGCUCGGUAUCUGGUGAUGUCUGGCCAAGCGCUGGCUGCUGUUGGACAGCCUUUCUUCACCGACAUGCCACCAAAGAUCGCGGCAGAUUGGUUUCCCGCCUACCAGCGCGUGCUGGCAGAUACCCUAGCUUCGCUGGCAAUGCCUGUUGGAGCAGCCGUGGGAUUCGUACUGCCAGUGGCACUGGGCCUUCGUUCGAUGCUCUACUUCCACCUGGCAUGGUCGGCCUUGUUCCUUAGCCUCGCGUUCCUUUUCUUUCGAGCGGCGCCGGCAACGCCCCCGAGCCCAACCAGGAAGCACCACGAGGGCAAGUCCUUCGGCCAAGAACUUGCAGCGGCGCUGUCCAACGGCAACUUGUGGUGCCUGAUCCUGUCCUUCAGCUGCAGCAUGGGGUCUUUCAACACCUCGAGCACUCUCGCCGCACAGCUCGUGGGCCCUUUUGGGUACAGUGCCGAUGAUGCCUCCAUCUUCGGCGUCGUUACCACGUUCUGUGGAGUCCUUGGGGCUCUUCUCAUGUCCAUCGUUGUCGGCUUGACAGGGGCGCACAAAGCCGUCCUCACCACAUGCUGUGUGCUGUGCGUGCUCUUCGCGCUCCUGGCCGCGUUGACGGUGAUCUAUGUGGGCGAUGGGCCAUGGGGGUUGGAGCUCUUGGCCUUGGCCUUCGGAGGCCUUGGCUUUUCUGCGAUCCCUUUGAUGCCCAUCUCCUUCGAGGCGGCCGUCAUGGUAAGCCAAGCGGGUGAGGGCACGCUGGCCGGCCUCUGCAUGUCCGGGGGCCAACUCCUGGGCAUAGGUCAAACUCUGAUCCUCGGACAGCUCCUCCAGAGUGGCCACCCUAGACUAGCGUGGAUCCUCUUGGGUACGUUGUUUCUUGUGGCCUUGCUGGCGGUAAGCGUCCUGGAUGCAAAUGAAAGUCUUGCAUUGCCAAUUGAGACGCAGAUAGAAUCAUGCACGUCCUGUACGUGCACCAAGAACCUAAUAAAUUAG